GCGGGGCCAGCGGCGGGGCUGUCUCGGCGCCGGGCGGCGCGCAGCUGAGCCACGCUCGGGAGAACGCGGGUCGGAGCGAGGCGAGCAGGCGGCGAAGCCGCUGAUAAUUGAAAGCAAUAAUGACAGACAAGGGAGAUGGACCACAACUGGGGGAAGAUCUGGCAGAUGCAAAAUCUGUUCCAGGUUUUAAAGGAAAGAGCCUACCUGCUAGCAAGUCUAUGGACUCUGGAAUUUUGCCAGACUACAGUUACAGAAUGGAUUAUCCAGAAAUGGGGGAAUGUGUAGUAAUAAACAAUAAGAACUUCCACAGACAUACUGGGAUGUUGCCCCGUUCAGGUACAGAUGCAGAUGCUGCAAGUGUCAGAGAAGUUUUUAUGAACUUGGGAUAUAAAAUUAAGAUCAAAAAUGAUCUUUCAUGUGGGGACAUUUUUAAACUAUUGCAAAAGGUGUCUGAAGAAGAUCACAGCAAGCGGAGCAGCUUUGUUUGCGUGUUGCUGAGCCAUGGCGACGAAGGAUUGAUCUAUGGUACAGAUGGGCCUCUUGAAUUGAAAGUACUGACAAGCCUUUUCAGAGGUGACAGGUGCAGAAGUUUAGCAGGAAAACCCAAGCUCUUUUUCAUUCAGGCUUGUAGAGGGACAGAAUUAGAUUCUGGUAUUGAGACAGACAGUGGAUCAGAAGAAACAAUGUGUCAGAAAAUACCUGUAGAGGCAGACUUUCUGUAUGCCUAUUCUACAGCUCCAGGCUAUUACUCCUGGAGGAAUUCAGCUGAAGGCUCAUGGUUUAUUCAGUCACUUUGUAAAAUGCUGAAGGAACAUGCAAAGAAACUUGAACUCAUGCAGAUUUUAACUCGUGUUAAUCGCAGAGUGGCAGAGUAUGAGUCCUGCUCAACUCGACAAGAUUUUAAUGCAAAGAAACAGAUUCCGUGUAUUGUCUCUAUGCUCACCAAAGAAUUUUAUUUCCCUUCCUAAAAUAGUUUUUCAGUUCAUGUUUUUUACCUGCAUUUUAUAUGCAAUAUUAGUACGAAAUACCACUUUUAAACCUGAAUAACUGUUCACUGCUGUGUGUGGCACAACGAAGUGUCUCAAAGUUAGAUAUAUGUCUGUUGUUAGAAGUAAAACAUAGUAUGCAAAUGAGUUGCAAAGCUGAAGCAGCUUUGAAAGUAGUGCUCUGAGUAUCGCAAAAAGUAUGGAAGGGGAGACUGGAGAAAGAUCAGAUUGUUUAUUGGAGCUAUUUGGUGCUACAUUUCACUUGGGGCAGAGGAAAGAGUUCUUGUAAAUCAUUUGGUUUCAUAUUGUACAAACAAGAUUUAGAAUGUCAGUGAUGGUAAUAUAGUAGUGUCAUCAUACCUUUCCUCUUAACUCAAGUUCUUAAAGUUUAGGUUAUAAACUAACCUAAACUAUUUUUACACUUUUGGGCAUAAACUCUGGAAAACAGUCAUUUCAUAUUUUUUCAUACAGUUACAAAGCAUGUUUUAGAGUACUGUUGGAAAUGGAAAAAUAGAAACUUUCAUUCUUCAUCUCAACAGAGUACAGUUGGUUUUUCCUGAUAAUUUAAUAACUUUGUGUAUGUGUUAUUACAGAAAACAAUUACAUCAGCAUGGUAGCUGUUUCAGAAGAAAAUUUGUAUUCUGACCUUGAAGCUGAGUGCCCAAGGGACCAGUCUUCCAAAGUGUCUUUUUCUGCAGCUCCCUAAGGGUAUAUUUUGUAUUUGGGGCUAUAAGAGCCAGCACAAAAGGAAAUCUGCAUUCUGAACAGUCGGCUUUCCUCUUUUUAGCCUUAAAUAAGAAUGGGUUGGCUCUGUGCGUAUCACAUGUAAUCUGUUUGAAAACCUAGAUUUGUGGGGAAAUUUCACUUCAAAACGCUAAUUCCACUGAAUCAAUUACAAAGUUUAGCUAAAAUAUGUUAACAAAUAGUUAAGUUGUAUCUCUUGACUCUGAAUUUUGUGAAAUAGACUUAAAAAACUGCAAAACAUUUUUGCUGAUAUUUCAAUUUGUAGCAGUCUUUUUAAGACUGGUGAAAGACAGAAUAUGAAAUUACAAUAGGUGCUUGCAAAACAAGACUUGAAACUCUUAAAAUUGUGUAGCAAAAACAACGGUGGUAAAUUGAUGAUCACUUCCAGAGGCAUUUUGUACUUGUGGUUUUUUUUUAAUUAAAUACUGUUUCCUAGAUUGUA